UUCAUGUGAUAUAUGUCACUUCUAUUCGUAUUAAAUAAAAUUUAGUUUUAGAAUGAAAUUAUAUCAUAAUUUUGUUUGGAUAUUUUAGUUGUAUAAUAAGUGUAAAUUGGAUUCUUUUUAUGUUAUUAUGUCACAUGUAGGUGUGUUUGGAAUUCAUGUUGGAAACUCAACAGCAUCAAUAGCUAUUUCUAAAGAUGAAGGGAAGGUUGAUGUAUUAGCUAAUGAAGCUGGAGAUCGGAUUACACCUGCCAUUGUAUCAAUUACAGAUGAAGAAACUGUUGUUGGAAAUGCUGCAAAAACUGGAUUUAUAUCAAAACAAGCCAACACCAUAGCAUACAAUAACCGUUUAAUGAAUUUGGCAAUGGAUGAAGAUGAAAAACAAGUGAUAGUGGAAACAAAUAAAGUUCAAACAAUUAUUGCUGGUGGUCAUUUAGCCUAUGAAAUACCAUUAGAUAGUAAAAAAAAAACUUAUUCGCCACAAUCAAUAGAAUCAAAUAUUUAUAAGACACUAUAUGGUAUUGCUAAAAGAGCUACUCAUAGUGAUGAUAAUACAAAAUGUAGUUGUGUUGUUACUGUACCAGAAUUCUUUGAUGACCCUAGUAGAGAGUCUGUAAGGAACGCUGCUACUCUAGGUGGAUGGAAUGUUUUGCAAGUUGUUAAUGCACCUAGUAUAACCCCAUUUACUUAUGGAAUUAAUGUUUCAGAACCAAUCAAUGAUACGUAUAUUUUAGUAUACCGUUUAGGAGGAAUUAGCUGCGAUGCAACAAUAUUAUAUGUGAACUCUGGUUUAGUUUCUAUAGAAGCAUCAGAACAUACUAAACAGAUUGGAGGUUAUAAAUUAAUAGAAGCAUUAAAAUUUCAUUUAAUAGAUGAAGUGAAGAGAAAACAUCGAGCUGAUCCAACUGAAAAUGCCAGAGCAUCAGCUAAAUUACAAAGAGCUACUGAAGAUGCUGUUCACUUGUUAUCAACAUUAAAAACAGCAAAUAUUUUUAUAGAAUCUCUUACAGACGGUAUUGACUUUACAGCUUCUGUAUCUCAAGCUAGAUUUGAAUCACUUAUUGCUCAUUUAUUACCAGUUUUUGCUCAACCUAUAGAAAGUGUUUUAAAAAAAGUUCAACUUAAAUGUGAUUCUAUUAAGAAAGUAAUUUUAUGUGGUGGUCCUCUUAAGAUACCCAAACUAAAAUCUUAUAUUGGUAGUUUAUUUCCAAAUGCUGACAUACCAAAUGGUAUAAGCCCAGAUGAAGUAUUAGCCUAUGGAGCUGCUGUACAAGCAGGUUUUUUAGCAAAAUAUUGGAAUACAUCAGAUGAUCUACCUGAACCUACAGUAGAAGUAUCCACUUUAAAAGAACCUAUCGAAAUAAUUUGUUGUGGAGAAUUGGUAACUAUGAAUCAAAAUGAAGCAUUACCAUCUACAAAAACAAUAAAAACAAAAGUAAACUCUGAGUAUGUUACUCUUUUGGCUAAAUCAGGGAAGGAAAAACAAAAAAAUUUUGAAGCUAAUAUUAAUGUUAAAGUUGAUGAAGAGGUUAUUUUUACUUUAAUUGCUAACAUUGAUCAAACUUUGGAGGUUAAAGUACAAAAUUCAAAUUUAGAACAAUUAUCUUCUACAAUGUUCAUAACUGUGUGAAAACCAAGAAUUGUUUCAUAAAUAUAAACUGUUUAAAGGA